AUGACGUGCGCGGAGACGAGGCAGUCAACAGCGGCGUUGCCCCUAGUCUCUGAUGAACUGUGCUUUAAAAUCCAAAAAGUACUUCGUUCAGGUAACGAGAUUCGCGGUGAGAAACUGGCAGGCAGUGCUGCAGAUGCACGAAGCACCGUCAGGUUUAAAGUGAACGCGACGCAGCAGUCGCUCAGACCGGCAGGUGCCGUUCCUGCGUCCCAGACUAUACCACGCAAGUCAGCGACUGCGCACAGCGAAACUGAUACUAAGGGCUAUGCUCGGCCUGUGUGCGGCGGGCGACAGGCACCGGCCGCCCAGGACGACGCCGAACUUGGGCGCUUCCUGGCGUUAACAGGUCGCGGGCCACAGUUGCGGACGUGGCAGCGCUGGCGACGGUUCCGUCAGCAGCUGAUCUCGCUUGAACCUUCGUGGCGUAUCGACCGCCCGUAUGUCGACGGCUCGUUUCGGAUGCUACUCGCUGAUCCGGCGAGCGUGCUCCAGCCAGAUACGCACCAUUCAGCGAAUCCCUGCUGGAUGCAAGUGGAACGCCAGCUUCUGCGGGACCUCCAGUUCGCUUUGCUCGGGUACCCGCCGAGUACCAAGGAAGUUGCCACGGUGUCCUUGGUGGGACACGGCCAGUCCUGUGGCGUUCGCUUCCAUCUUCGGCGCGUGGUAUACGGCGUGCCGCUGCCCACAGCCACGCAUGCGCUCGUUCAAAGCAUUCUUGAUAUCGCCGGAGCGCUUUGUAUUGUACGCGAUUUUGCCGAAACAUGCUCGUUUUAUAACCAAGGAAUGGUGCGCCAAGCGCUGGGAGCGGCGCUCAAGCGACUCCUCCGCCGAUACGACGCCCUGUUUCUGGACCACUGGGGAUGGACAGGGUCAACGAGCCCAAGCGCCGAAGUGCCCGAGCAGCUCAAACAGGAACCACCGCUGACUAUUCAGAGACUCUGGAUCCAGCUUCAACCGAUUCAGGGUGCAGUUCUUGCGAUUUCCUCGAUGUGCCUUGCCGAACGGGUUCGCAAACAAGGCGGCGGGGCACUACUCUGCGCGUUGUAUGACCUCAUUGAUCCAGCGCAAGUGCGAUGGGGCGUUCAUAAUGCUGUGGAAGCUUCGCUUGAUGACCCAAAAGCUCUGAAGGAGGAGCUGUUCUGGGCAGCAUUCCAGCCAUUUUGGGCAAUGCUAGAGCAGUGGCUCGAUCAUGGAGUCUUAUCGGAUCCGUUCGACGAAUUCUGCGUGCAACGAGAUACGACGCAAAUUGGAGAGCGCCUCGCAGAUGACUUCAAUGCUGCCUUCUGGGAGAGUGGAUACACCCUCCGAGCCUCGCACCUGCCGAAUAUGUUGCAACAAGUCGGGACUCCGAUCCUGCUCGCUGGCAAGUAUCAAUUCGCCUCCCAAAGCUUGGAGGUGAUGCAGCAGGCCGUCCCUGGGGAACGCCCUCCGGUGGCGAUUCCCAUGCAAGUAGCACCUGAGGCGGGGUCAUGUCGGGACGCCAGCGGCACCACGGGGCCGCAAUCACUACAGUGCAUGACGCUUCGCAUCACGAAUGCGCUCGCGACUGCCUCGAAAUCUCUGGUCAGGGCCCUGAUUCUCGAUGGAAACCUCAUGGCGACUUUAACGCAGUUCAAAAACUGCUUCCUUUUGGGUCGAGUAGAUUUUCUAGAUGACGUUCUCAGUGGCGUGCCCGGCGAAAUCCUAGCCGGACAGGGAGCCGUCGCAGAGGUCCUCGCAUCCACGCCUUCCGCUGAAUCCGUUCGAACGGCAUUCGACCGUGCCCUCGGCGCUGGCUUCAGGUUACAAAAUACGGAGCCAAAAUCGCUCGUAGGGCAUUUUUCCAUAUCUUUCUUGCCGUAUUCGCUAUCGAGUCAGCUGCUGCGUGUCCUUGCGGUGAGUAGUGCCGCAGCACCGUGGUCGUCUGCCGAGGCCGCUGAACUUGCGAGCCUCGCGCAUCCCACGCGAACGCGGGAUGCUCAGCUUUGCAUCAUAGACGCUGUGUCACUCGACUAUCACGCGAAUUGGCCGUACAGCGUGAUUCUCAACCGCCGAGUCAUAACCAAAUUCCAGCUGCUCUUUCGCCAGCUAUCCAGCUUACAUCUCUGUUUACGACGCCUGGGCAGCAUUCGAUUACAGCUACAGCGCGCCAGAACCGUAUGCCACAAGUUCACGGGCGAAACACGGCACGCCGCAAUCCUCUCUCCUCUGUACUGCUCGCUGCUACAGCAAACGAUCCAUGCGCUGCUCUAUGCGAUGACCUGGACUACCAUCGAAACCCAGUGGAUGCGCUGGCAGCAGACGCUCGACGAACUGGGGAACUCAUUUCGACACGCCGCGAAGAACUCGCACGAGCAAUCACCGCGAGAAAAUCGAACCAGCUCUGUCGAUGAGCUCAUCCGUGCGCUGAACGAGUUCCUCGAUGCCUCUCUGUACGGGUGCUUCCUCAUGAAGGCGCGCUCGUUCCGCUGCGUGCGCCAAAUCGUGCUGCACGUGCACCACUACAUCGCUGCUGUGGAGCGCUGCGCAGGCAGACUCGAUCCGGCGUUCGUUGUCGCCGAGAUACGCACCCUGCGCGCGGUGGUGCGCACACUGGUCGGCUCGGUAGCGCCCACGCAUCCGCUGCGCGCCUGGUACGACAGCGUCGCAUGGCCUUGGUGCGAACCUGUGAUGAACUGCUAUGUCCAUCAAUAUCCCUAA